AUGACGGAUAGUUUUGCUCCAGAAUCUGUUAAGGAUCCAAAUCAGAAUGUAAAAAAUGUGCCGAAAAUAGAAGAUUUGAAAGAUCCUUUGACAUUAAAAUUUGUGUUUGUGGUAAUGCGAAAUGGUGAAAGUUUUCCCGAUGAACACAUGAUUAAAACAAAUCCAAGCUAUGAAUGGAAGCAUUACAAAUUUCCUCGUGGGGAAUUGACCAAGCUAGGAAGACUUACUAUGUAUGAGGCUGGUGAAAACCUGAGACACUGGUACCCGGAAUUCCUGAGCAGAUCUUACGUCACAAAACGUUUAGUAAAGGUCACUGCUGUUGGAAGUAAGUUCACAAUUAAUUCACGUGAAAGCGCAUUAAUUGUGAGAGCAGCACUUAGACAAAAGAAUAAAAAGCAUAGCUUGAAAAGAAAAUGGUCUACAAGAAAAUUGGCUUCGACUAGAAAUGACGAGUUUACUGAUGCUGCUUUGGACUAUUACUUAAAAUGUAAAGAGUAUCGGCCUGCACAAAAUAAGGCUUUGUAUGAUAGCUUAAUAACAAAAUUCAAAAAUGACUCCGGCUUUGGAGGAUUGUGGAAGGCUUUACAAGAAAAUACCGAAGCCGAUUUGGAUUACAAUAAUUUGUCAAAAUUGCAAUACUUAUUCGAAUUAUAUGAAACUAGCGAACUGAGUGGUAUUGGAUUUCCUCAUUGGCUACAUAACAACAAAUGGUAUACUUACUAUGAGUUAAUGCGAGAAUACGUUAAUGCAUCAUAUUCAACAGAUUAUUUAAAAACUGUUGCUGGAGGUCGUAUGCUUCAAUACUUUGUUGAAUGGACGACAAGCUUAAUGGAAAACUGGAACCUUGCGAUACACGAAUGUUAGUAAAUGUUGGCUAUGGCAAAACAGUAUCGCCCUUUUUGGCAGCCUUAGGUGGUAGCAAAGGCUUUACCCAUUCAUAUGAAGUGGCCUCAAUUGAACCGGAAAAAAAUGAAACUGUUGUCAAUGUGACUGUGAAUAGCUU